AUGGCAGCAGGGAUGGAGGCUAUGAUGGGGCUGGCGGGGAGCCCCGGCGGUGUCUCAGCCACCGAGGUCCUGCUGGCGGCCACCGUCUUCUGCCUGCUCCUGCUGCUCGCCCAGCCCCUGCGGCGCCGCGUGCCCAAGGGGCUGAAGCCCCCCCCGGGCCCCCGUGGCCUCCCCGUUGUGGGCAACGCGCUGGAGCUGAGGAAGGACCCGCACCUGGCCCUGACGCGGCUGAGCCAGAAGUACGGGGACGUGAUGGAGGUGGCCAUCGGCACCCAGCCCGUGCUGGUGCUGAGCGGGCUGGACACCCUGCGGCAGGCGCUGGUGAGGCAAGGGGAGGACUUCAUGGGGCGCCCCGACCUCCCCAGCUUCCGACACAUCACGGACGGGCAGAGCCUGGGCUUCAGCCCCGACUCAGGGGACGUGUGGAAAGUGCGCCGCAGGCUGGCCCAGAACGCCCUGAAGACCUUCUCCAUUGCCGCCAGCCCCACGUCGUCCUCCAUCUGCCUCCUGGAGGAGCACGUCUCCAAGGAGGCCGUCUACCUGGUCACCAAGUUCCUGCAGCUGAUGGAGGAGGAGCAGAGCUUCGACCCAUACCGCUACCUGGUGGUCUCGGUGGCCAACGUCAUCUGUGCCAUGUGCUUCGGCAAGCGCUACGACCACAACGACCAGGAGCUGCUCAGCCUGGUCAACUUCAGCGAGCAGUUCGGGGACGUGGCGGCUGCUGGCAACCUCUCGGACUUCAUCCCACUGCUCCGCUACCUGCCCAGCCGCACCAUGGAUGUCUUUAAAGAUUUCAACAAGCGGUUCAUCCGUUUCCUGCAGGCGAUUGUCAAGGAGCACUACGAGACGUAUGACAAGGACAACAUCCGAGACAUCACCGACUCCCUCAUCGAGCAGUGCCUGCAGAAGAAAGAAGCCAGCACUGCCGCGCGGAUCCCUAACAAGAAGAUUGUCAACCUGGUCAACGACCUCUUCGGAGCAGGCUUUGACACCGUGACAACCGCCCUGUCCUGGUGCCUCUUGUACCUGGUGACGUACCCCGACAUCCAGAAGAGGAUCCAGGCUGAACUGGAUCAGACCAUCGGCCGGGAGAGGAGACCGCGGCUGUUGGACCAAGGCACGCUGCCCUACACGGAAGCCUUCAUCCUGGAGAUGUUCAGGCACUCUUCCUUCCUGCCCUUCACCAUCCCACACAGCACGACCAGGGACACGGUGCUGAACGGCUACUACAUCCCAAAGGGCCGUUGCGUGUUCAUCAACCAGUGGCAGGUGAACCAUGACGAGAAACUUUGGAGGAACCCACACGUUUUCAACCCGGAGCGUUUCCUCAAUGCCAAGGGGACUGAGGUGAACAAAGAGGACGGGGAGAAGGUGCUGGUCUUCGGCCUGGGGAAGAGGAGGUGCAUUGGGGAGUUCAUCGCCAGGAGGCAGGUCUUCCUUUUCCUGACCACCUUGCUGCAGCAGCUGGAGUUCAGUGUCCGCGACGGCAGGAAGGUGGACAUGACGCCGCGCUACGGACUGGUCAUCAAGCAUAAGCGAUGCGAACACUUCCAGGUCAAGCAGCGCUUCCCCAUGGCGAACUUGAGCUGA